GUCAUUUCUCCCGCAAAACCCAUUGCUCGAACCGCUUUCAUGGCACUUUAAAGCUCGACCAUAUUGAAACAAAUCGACUGUCACUGCUUGGAAUCAAUUCUAAGGACAUUGAGCAACAGAUCCAGCUCGUCUUUAAGAAGCCUUGCCCGCCAUGGCCACCCCGGCUUCCGCGUACAAGGACCGGCAAUUCAUAGCUGUUAUAGGCGAUGAAGACUCUGUCACAGGACUACUACUCGCUGGCGUUGGUCAUAUCACCGAUCCUCCAGAUGCACAGAAGAACUUUCUUGUUUGCGACGGGAAAACAGAGAAGUCAACGAUAGAGCAAGCCUUCCACAAAUUUACACAAGAACGAAAGGACAUUGGCAUUGUUUUGAUAAACCAACAUCUCGCAGAAGUAAUACGAGAGGCUGUCGACAAAUUUCAGGACCCUUUCCCUGCAGUGCUGGAAAUACCAAGCAAAGAUCAUCCGUAUGAUCCAGAAAAGGACAGUGUACUUCGAAGAGUGAGAAGACUAUUUGGCGAGUGAGACGUUAUAAACCUGCAGCAAGUAUGGGGAAUUUGUUAUCUGGCACACAGGACUAUCCUGGGAGGAGGUCAUUAUUGGGCCAGGCUCAUACUUGACUUGAAUGCGCUCGGUUCGAUGAUAUGUAUAUGAUUACUUGUGCCAAACUCAUGCGGCAAUUGGAGACUGGUGUUACGAGGCGUUUGCGGCAUGUUUGCCACCAGCAUUGAUAUCCAAGAGCCAAGUAUCAGCAUCUCUGGAGAGGUCAGUCGGAAGAUUGGGCGUGCGUGGCUGAUAGGUACACUGGCAUGAACAGCUCACUACCUACAUCCACAAUCCAUAGUGAUUUAAGAGGAAAUAUAGGAAUUUUUUCAAAAAAA